CUUAGGUUCUUCUCUGUAUUUACAUUCUUGAAAUAGAAACUAUAUAUUUAAUAAUCAAGAUCCAGUCCAUCAAAGUCAAUGGCUCCAUCUUCCGAUUAUGACUACAGACAUUUUGCAGUAACAAAAGGGCAUGGAGUAAAGGGCAUCUCUGAUCUCGGACUCAAUACUCUUCCACAGCAAUAUGUUCAACCUCCUAAGGAGCGAAUAGACAUGAGAAAAGUCUUGAAUAAAGAGUCCAUCCCGGUCAUCGACAUGUCGAAUUUGGAUGAUCCGAAUGUGGCUCGUUACGUUGUGGAUGCUGCGGAAAAGUGGGGAUUCUUUCAAAUUGUUAAUCAUGGAGUCCCGACCGAGGUUCUGGAGAAUCUCAUGGAAGCUACAAGGACGUUCUUUGAGUUGCCUGUAGAGGAGAAGGCUCAGUAUUUGCAAGAGAACUGUCUUACAAAAAAUGUUAGGUUUGGAACGAGCUUUAUUCCAAAAGCAGACAAGGUUCUUGAGUGGAAAGACUACCUUAGUCUCUUCUAUGUUUCGGAUGACGAAUCUUCUAGAUAUUGGCCAUCUGCAUGCAGGAAUGAAGUAAUGGAAUACAUGAAGAAGUCGGAGUCCGUGGUCAAGUGGCUGUUAAAGGUCCUACUGCAGCCAUUAGACGUCGACCUCGAUUCAAAAGAAUCACUUCUGAUGGGUUCAAAGAGAAUCAACCUGAACUACUAUCCCAUUUGCCCAAACCCCGAGCUGGCGGUUGGAGUAGGCCGGCAUUCUGACGUCUCCACAUUGACAUUUCUUCUUCAAGAUAGUAUCGGAGGAUUAUACGUCCAAAAAAUGGAGACAGACCAUUGGAUCCAUGUGCCUCCUAUAACUGGAUCAAUAGUAAUAAACGUUGGAGAUGCUCUUCAGAUAUUGAGUAAUGGCAAGUACAAGAGUGUGGAGCAUCGAGUUGCUGCGAAUGGAGACAAAAAUCGAAUUUCGGUGCCAAUCUUUUUCAACCCGAGACCUGAUGAUAUCAUUUGCCCCUUACCUGAGGUGUUGCAGAAUGGAGAAAUACCGAUAUACCGGCGGGUUUUGUAUUCGGAUUAUGUGAAACAUUUCUUCAGAAAAUCGCAUGAUGGGAAGCAAACUGUUGAUUUUGCAAAGAUAUGAUUAUUCUUGCAACAGUUAUUGUUACACUCAUCUUUUACUUAUAAUUUUGGGCACAUUUUUAUGGGAGA